UAUAUAUAUAUAUAUAUACAACUAAAGACAAUGGAGCACGUUCUUAUGUGGGAUGAGAAUAAAGUAACCAAGUGGAUGACAAGCAUUGGUUAUUCUUCUUAUGAGAAGCAGUUUAAAGAACAAGGAAUAACAGGCGAUGUCCUUGUUAAUCUUGACCAUGAGUCUUUAAGAGACUUGUCUAUAGUCACAGUAGGACAACGCAUGGAUUUACUCAAGAAUAUCUAUCAACUUAAAAUUCUUUAUCGUGUGCCUGUCAAUGAAUGGGAUUAUAUACCACCUAGUGUACUUUAUGAGACUGAAUGGUUAGGACAGAAUGGUAUGGCUGACUAUAGAAAGAUUGAAGCUGCUUUUCAGGAACGAGAUGCUCGCAUCAAGAAAUUAACAGAGGAUUUGGGAAGAUUAAAUAAUGAUAUGUGUGCAUUAAAAGAAGAAUUCAAUCAAGUACUGAAAAAGGAUAAAAAGUCCAAUGAGACAAGCAGCAAGACAUCUACACCUACCAAAUCAUCUUAUCAUACAAAGCAUACACCAUCCCCUACCAAAUCACAUAAUAAUGACCAUAGUCAUGAAGAGAAAUCACCUAACGUGAUGAUCAAUGAUGGUGGUGCAAUCAAAGUAUACGGGGACAAGAUAUCUAAAGUAGAGCAUGAACCUGAAUCAUCUAAAAAUGUGCGUUUGUUACUUGAUGACACAACAUCCAAAGUCAUUAUAUCUGCACUCAAGAAAUACAAUGUCAUGAGUGAUUGGCAGCAAUAUGCUUUAUGGAUUCAAUAUGGCCAGCCUGAUAAUACGCAAGAGCGUGCUUUAGGUUAUGAUGAAAGACCCUUAAGAAUAUCACAAAAACUAAAAGAAGCGAAACAAAAUCCAGUAUUUGUAUUAAAGCAUGUCAAGGACAAUAAGCCAUUUAUUCCACCCAACUACAGUAAUCCUAGACCAGCACCUAAACCACAAAAGUCAACACCUAAAAGUACAACUACAAAUAAUAACAAUAAUAUUACGUCAGGAAAAGUCGGAUUUGAAGUAGUCAUACCCGUCAUGUCUUCUUCCAUGUCAACUCCCACUGCAAAUACUACUACUAGUAGUAGUAGUAGUAGUACAAAAAGACAACACAUUCAGCAACAACAGCAACAACAACAACAAGUAUCUGCAUACAAUAACGAGCUAGGGUUAGAUGAUUCUAUUGUGAGUGCUAUUUUCUCUAUUAAUAACAGCUCAUAAUAAUAACAAAAAAAAAAAAGUGAAACCGUAUUUUGCAUGAAACAGCCCAACUGACUUUAAAAGAGUUAACUUUAUUUGAUUUUGUCUCCUCACCUUUUUUCUUUUUUCGUUUUUUUUUUCUCAUUGCACUUUCCCUUGCACUAAAAAAAAAAAAAAACAAA